AAAUAUGUAUCUAUAUAUAUCGCCACUAUCAGACUAACACAUUUGCUUCCUUCACUCUUCAUUUCGCCAAAUUGACCGCAAAGCGCAUGGCUCACCCAAUUGCUCGCGCCACUCUUGGCCUCACCCAGCCUACCAACAUCGACCCACCAAAGAUCUCAUUUGCUGCAAAAGAUGUUGAUUUGGUAGAAUGGAAAGGAGAUAUAUUAGCUGUAGGUGUCACAGAAAAGGACUUGGUUCGAGAUGACAACUCCAAGUUCAAGAACUCACUUCUUAAAACACUAGAUUCCAAAUUACAAGGGUUGUUGUCUGAAGCUUCAGCCGAGGAAGAGUUCACUGGAAAAUCUGGACAGUCGACUGUUCUUCGACUUCCCGGUCUAGGUGCCAAAAGAGUUGGUUUGAUUGGACUCGGCUCAGGUGCAUCAGUAACAUCAACGUAUCGCAGUCUUGGCGAGGCCGUUGCUGCAGCCGCCAAGCUUGCUCGCGCGAGCAAUGUUGCCAUAACUCUUGCUUCCUCUGAAGGGAUCCCUGCAGAAUUGAAGCUCACCAUUGUUUCAGCUAUUGCAUCAGGAACUGUGUUGGGCACUUUUGAUGAUAUUAGGUUCAAGUCAGAGUCGAAGCAACCGGCUCUCAAGUCUGUGGAUAUCAUUGGUCUUGGUACCGGGCCUGAGAUCGAAAAGAAACUCAAAUAUGCUGGAGAUGUUUGUUCUGGGAUCAUCUUAGGGAAGCAACUUGUAAAUGCUCCUGCUAAUGUUCUUACUCCAGGGGUGCUCGCUGGGGAAGCUGAGAAGAUUGCUUCCGAUUACAGUGAUGUGUUAUCUGCAAAGAUACUGGAUGUGGAGCAAUGCAUAGAGUUGAAAAUGGGUUCCUACUUAGGUGUGGCCGCAGCAUCAACUAAUCCCCCUCACUUCAUCCAUUUGUGCUACAAGCCACCAAGUGGAGAAGUGAAAAACAAGCUGGCCUUAGUUGGAAAAGGCUUGACUUUUGACAGUGGGGGCUACAAUAUCAAGACGGGACCCGGGUGUUCCAUUGAAAUCAUGAAAGUUGACAUGGGAGGUGCAGCAGCAGUACUCGGUGCAGCAAAAGCUCUUGGACAAAUCAAGCCUGCUGGAGUAGAGGUUCACUUCAUAGUUGCUGCUUGUGAGAAUAUGAUAAGUGGAACAGGUAUGCGACCGGGAGACAUCAUCACAGCUUCAAAUGGAAAGACAAUUGAGGUAAACAAUACUGAUGCAGAAGGCAGACUUACGCUUGCGGAUGCUUUGGUAUAUGCUUGUAACCAAGGCGUUGAGAAGAUAGUUGAUCUUGCUACACUGACCGGAGCCUGUAUCGUUGCUCUUGGACCUUCUAUUGCUGGUGUUUUCACUCCUAGUGAUGACUUGGCAAAAGAGGUCGUAGGUGCCUCAGAGGCCGGUGGGGAAAAGCUUUGGAGAAUGCCAUUGGAAGAAAGCUAUUGGGAGUCUAUGAAAUCAGGCGUGGCUGAUAUGCUAAAUACCGGUGGCCGCCAAGGUGGCUCCAUUACAGCUGCUCUCUUCUUGAAGCAGUUUGUCGACGAUAAGGUGCAGUGGAUGCAUAUAGACAUGGCCGGCCCUGUCUAUAGCGACAAAAAGAAGGGGGCGACAGGGUUUGGCAUCUCCACAUUGGUCGAGUGGGUGCUGAAGAACUCUUCUUAGGAGACGAAUUAGUCUAGGCGCUACAAGGUGGGUGAGAUGGAUGGUUAGAUUGUGUGGGAAAUGUGGUUAGAUUUGUCUUUUUCAUGGACUGUACUCCUUAUUGAUGCUCCAUAGGUUUGGUUGGGUCGGGUCAGGUUGGGUCGGGUAAUAAAACUGAACUCAUGUGUGUGAUAUUGUGUACAUGGAAUGUAGAUAUGAGAAAGGAUCUGAUUCAGUAAUAAAACUGUGGCUUUUAAUCUGAAAA